UUGUAUAUAUCUAUAAUAUAGAUUAGUAGAUCUCUAUAAUAUAGAUUUUUGUAUUUAUCUAUAAUAUAGAUUAUAGUAGAUCUCUGUAAUAUAGAUUUGUGUAUAUCUAUAAUAUAGAUUUUUUUGUAUAUAUCUAUAAUAUAGAUUUGCAAAUCAACGAGACUCAAAUCCGAAACUUCUCAUUUCUCUCCCCUUUUUCCAAGGAGCAAAAAGCUCCAGGAACAUAGAGUUUGAGUUACACGAGUUCGAGGGGUUUCGGGUUCUCGAGCGUCCCAUCUCUAGCAAACAGAUACCGGUAGCUUCGAACCUUUACUUUGUAAUCGCGCCAAUUGUCGUGGAAGCGCCCGUUCUCCAGGUGUUGCGGGUACACGCAACAACUGUCCACGUUGUCAGCCAGAAAAAUCUGGUCCUCCUCGCACCUCCGGUGACACCGGUGACCGCUGGUCUGCCGUUUCCUCGAAUGAUUGUACGAAUUAGAUGUCCCGCGACCACACACCACUCGAAUCACCGAUUCCUCGUGGCUCUGCGGCAGGCUCAUCCCCAGCUUGUCCGCGUAACUGUCCAAUAUCGUUUCCAUGUUCUUGUAGCAUCUGCAAGCAGGGACGCGUUAUAAUUUCAACGGUUUUAAAAGAAAGACCGGUCAUUGUAAAUGUAGUGUUAAAUAUAAAUAUUUCCAUGAGCACUGUUGUAAAUAGAACCUGCUAAAAAGAUCCAUGAGUACUGUUAAAAAUAGGAGCUAUUAAAAAGCUCCAUAAGUACUGUUAUAAGUAGAACCUGCUAAAAAGAUCCAUGAGUACUGUUAAAAAUAGAAGCUAUUAAAAAGCUCCAUAAGUACUGUUAUAAAUAGAAGCUAUUAAAAAGCUCCAUAAGUACUGUUAUAAAUAGAACCUGCAAAAAAGAACCAUGAGUACUGUCAUAAAUAGAAGCUAUUAAAAAGCUCCAUAAGCACUGUCAUAAAUAGAACCCAUUAAAAAGCUCCAUAAGUACUGUCAUAAAUAGAACAUAUUAAAAAGCUCCAUAAGUACUGUUAAAUAUAAAACCUAUAAAAAGCUUCCAAAAACGCUGUUACAAAUAGAACCUAUUAAAGUGUUCGAGUGUCGUCGUCGAGACACUUCAGGAACAGCAGCAGAUCGACGAGAAAUUACUUGGUCUUUCCAGAGGAAUGUUUCGGCACCUCGAGAGAGUAAUGACAGGACGGGCAACGUUGCAGCUGGCUCUUCGGCCUUCGCCUUGGCCUGACUUCCGGCUGCAGGAGCUCGAUGUCCUGUAUCGGCUGAACGCAGUACGAGCAAUACGCCUGUUCCUGCGGAAAAUGUGGAAACAGACGUGGUUCGAAAUUACGUGCCCGUCGCGACGUUACCAUUUCCAUGAAAGUUCGCAAGUAACACGGUUCGAAAACGUCGAUUAAAUUUGCGACGCGGCUCGACCCGGACACAUCCGGAACCCCCUGAAGCAGGAUUCACCGUUCGCACAUGCUAAGUUUGAUGAUCGUGAUCCGUCUGUCUGUUCUGUGCUCUCGUACAGCGUGCACGAACUCCGCGAAGAAUCGAUUCGCGUGUUUUUCUUUCGCUCGCGACUACACAGUAGGCGAUGACCAGCGAUCGAAGAUUUCCCUAAUUACAAUUAAUUAUAAUUACCACGUUGCUGUGCUGCAGAGCUGCGCAGAAUUACAAUUGAAUUGCCCGAAGAAUUAUAAUUACAUAUUACAGUUCGAUUAUAUUGUAGUUUAGUUUUCAUUAUAUGUAAUUCGAUCACAUGGUGAUUCGUAAUUCAGAUCUCUGUCCAAUUAGAUUAGACUGUAGUUCGUGAUUGCAAUUGGAGUGCAAUUACAACAUGCUGAGUAAAUAAUAAACCGCAGAUUUUAUGCAAAACGUUACAAAUUAAUUUAUUUAAAAAUACUAUCGCAUUAUUUGUAAUAAUCGUAGAAAGAAAGAAAUGUCUAAUCAGCUUCCGUAUCUUACAACUAAUCCUUUUUUGCAUAAAAAUCGGCGGUCUAUUACCAUUAAUCACGAAUGACGAUGCGAUUCGUAACAAGAACAAUAAAAGCGAACAAUUUUAAAACCGUUCUCUUCAUCGAUUUUCAUUAUAUCCUAUCGCACAAUCGCGAUCAAGAUCGCGUCGAUUCGAACACGUUGUCUGUUCCACCGAUCUCUGCCGAGCUAUUCAUAAUUAAUUGUCGCAUGAUGCUAGAAAACAGAGGAGAACGUGUUCCAUCGAGCACAGAAACGGAAAAGUAGCGAAAUAGUCGUGACCAUGCCGAAAUCGUCGUUGAACAAGUCGAUGCCGCUGCAAAAGCUUGACUAUUUUUACGGCAAUGAAAUCUUGUCGGACUUCCAGACUCGGAACGAAGCGACUCUGAAGAAUCUGGCGGCGGUGCCACCGGACGAUCCAACGGAGAUCGGUAUGCCGACGAUCAAUCCGAAAUCGCAGCUCCGGAAGUACUUCGUUGAAUUCUGCAGCGGCUCCACCGUGCUCGGUUUCAACCACAUCGUCGCGCCGAACAGACAUCCGAUUGAAAAAUACCUGGUUAUGAUCGUCGUGGGCAUGGCGUUGGUGUUGCUGGUGCUCCUCUCGAUCACGUUUUGGAAUCGCUACCAAUACGAGGCCAUCGUGAUCGUGGUGGACAACGACUACUACCACUUCAAGCUGAACAAGCCGGCCGUGUUCAUCUGCCCUGUGCCGAACAUAGAGAAGAGUAAGAUUCCAGAAGUAUUCAAGAAUAACAGCAUCGAGUACACACCGGAAGCAGAGAAGUUCUUCACCUUCCUGGCGAACGUGAACUACGAGAACAUGCACAAGACACCGGAUUUCGAGCAGGUGCCGCCGAAGAAGUGGCUGAAGAUCCUUCACGAGAUACGCAAGGACAUUCCUCCGCAAGCCUUGAAGGAACCCGACUCUUACGAGGGUCUAGUCAUCACGGAAAGAGGCUUGUGUUCGGUGAACAGGAACCCAGUCGCGGUGUAUUCCACCUACGAAUACUGGAUGAGCAACAAUUGGACCGUCGUCCCGGAAGCGGAAGUACUGACCUUCGACAUAAACGACGACGGGUCGUCGGAAACGUUCACCAUAAAUGCCGAAGCGCUGAUCGCCAUGGUGGACCCUAACGAGAUCCUGAUCUACGACAUACCGACCAAUUGGAUGAGGCCGAACACAGCGCAACGUCCGGUCAUGAUGAUAUCGCUGAUCAAGACGUUGUCGAACGUGCAAGAGCUGCAGGUGCAUCAAAGACGCUGCAAGUUCACCAGCGACGGUGGUCUGCGAACCUGGCCGAUCUACUCGAAGAACAUGUGCAUGAUGGAGUGCAGAAUGCGAACGAUUCAACAGCUAUGCAAGUGUCGGCCGCACUUCGCCAGGCCCGUAGACGGAGUCGAGACAUGCAACUCCGCGCAACUGCGUUGCAUCGGAAGCAUCAAAGAGAAGCUGUUUCUGUUCAGCAGCCCGCCAACAUAUUGCAAAUGCAUUCCGAGCUGCGACAGCUACGAGUACUCGAUCGCGGAUACCAAAAUAAGCCAAAUAGAUACUGGCGUUACAAUCAGCGGUGUCUCGUCGUCCAUCGUAAUGGAGGUCCAUUUUCCGACCCAGAUCUUCCACCGAUCGCUGUUGUACGGCUUCAGCGAUUUUUUAAGCAGCGUCGGCGGAGCUGCGGGAUUGCUCCUGGGCGCCAGCGUGUUAUCCUUCGUGGAAAUAAUCUACUUCAUGUCGGUGCACGCAUGCUUUUACGCGAGACGGGCGAGCCAGAGGAAGAAGAAAAGUUUCCUCGGAGUUUAGGGCGGAGGGGGUGGGUUCCUUAAAAAAUAUCGUUUAUUUGAAAACAAGUUGCUUCUUCCCGACAGAGAACACGAUGUAAAAUAAAUAUCAUCACAUACAUACAACUGUACACAUGCGACACGUUGGCGUCCGCACCAUGAUUGUACAUCAAUUUACAAGGAGACCGAACAGUUCACCGUCUCCCACGAGUGCCUCCCGAUAUUUUGAUUUCCAGCUCUCUCUCACGCACCGCGAUAAUUAACAAGACUAGCUAAAACGACGCUAAAAUGUCGCCGAAAGGAGCCCCCGGCUCCUUCGCUGCCGCCUCGAACGUCUCCACGAACGCUUGCCUCUGUGUGUCCUUGGUCAACUAAAAGAAAAAAAAAGAAAAUAAUAAAAACGAUGAACGCACGAUUA